AACCGUAGUCUCGUACGCUGUAGCCUCGCGAGGUCGCCGUAUGACGGCGCGCCAGUUCAUUCAAGAUGGCUACGUUGGAUCAAUGAAACGCGAGUAAUCGUAGUGAAAACACAAAUUGACAAGUGUGCGGGCGAACAUUGCGGCUUGAUCGCUGUGUAAAUGGACUAUGGGCAAGGAUCAGGAGCUGCUCGAGGCAGCGAGGAGCGGCAACGUCACCGUAGUCGAGAAGAUCCUCGGUCAGCGAGCCAAGAGGAGUGGUCCACUGGCAAGUUUACGUCGAGGACCAGGAGCUAAUGUGCAAGAUGCCAGUGGAUAUUCAGCCCUUCAUCAUGCAGCUCUGAAUGGGCACAGAGACGUGGUUAGAUUACUACUCCAAUAUGAGGCUUCCACCAAUGUCGUUGACGCUAAGGGUUCCUCGCCGCUUCAUUUGGCAGCUUGGGCGGGUGAUGCGGAAAUUGUACGAUUAAUUCUCAGCCAAGGUCCCUCGGUACCGAAAGUGAAUCUUGCGACAAAGGAUAAUGAAACCGCACUACAUUGUGCCGCACAGUAUGGGCAUACGGAAGUGGUGGCACAGCUGUUGCAGUACGGAUGCGACCCUAGUAUCCGCAACAGCCGCGGAGAAUCUGCGCUUGACCUGGCUGCACAAUAUGGCAGAUUGGAAACUGUGGAAUUACUCGUGCGAACGCAUCCUGAAUUAAUCGAAUCACUUCGUAAUUCUUCCUCAUCUUUGAUCUUCCCGCAUACACCUUUGCAUUUAGCUUCACGCAAUGGUCACAGAGCGGUUGUGGAGGUCCUUCUUGCCGCUGGAGUUGACGUCAAUACGAGAACGUCAGCGGGCACCGCGAUGCACGAGGCUGCGCUCUGCGGCAAGAUGGAAGUUGUACGGGCGCUUUUAGAUCGUGGGGUGGAUUUGGGCAUUAGGGAUUCUCGACAGAACACGGUGCUUGAUCUUCUGGGACAGUUUCCGCCGCACGUCACUCAAGAUAUCACAGCGGUGAUAAAAAGACAUCGGUCUUCCUCCGGGGUGGAAAGCGACGCCGACAGCGAGAACUUGCCGCCAAUUCCGGUGCAGGGUGGCGAUUCAUUGGGGAGCCCCUACGAAAAUGUUCGUCCGGGGGAUGAUCUUUCUCCCGCGGAAGGGACAUCACCUACUCAAUGGCAAUUCUAUCAUAAGCCUCGGGACGACGAUCGUCGCGUUUCCGGCACUUCUUUUGAAGACGAGCGGAACGAGGAACUGAUGAACGGAGUACGGAGGGUCCUCCAGCAGACAGAGGAUUCCGACCUCAGUUCCGUCUUUGACAGCGUCUUUAUGUCCUUAUCCGACACUCUCAACUCUAUAAAUACUCUUGAAAGUUCCGACCAAACCCCUGAAGAUAUACCACAAAACACUACUAAACGAACAUUACCACUCGACACUACACGGGGCUCAGACAACGGAUUGUACCAAACUCCACCAGUGCCACGCGGCACAAUGGAGGGUAGUUUCGUGUCGGAGGACCUGUCCUUGACAUUGCCCACGGGAUACGGGGGUGGCAGAGAGUCCGACCAAUUGAGCGUGUCGUCAUCCUCGAGCGUCGGCGGUCCUAGCCCACGGGAUCGUCGUUGUUUGCCAAAUGAUUCCAGCGCUGCCGGGAUUUACUUGCCAAUGGCACCCCUGUCCAGCUCGAUACACAGUCCCGCUUCCAACAGUAAAGUCUCGCCGACACCGCCGAAGAAACCACCCAGGCGAAAUCUUUCGGUAUCUCCGACGCAUUUACAGACACAAAUGUCUUUAUCCGCUGACAGUUCGGUAGGGCCGAGUAAUUACGAAUACUUAUUCCUAGCGCGCAGCGGUGCGCGUAGUCACAUCGAUCUUGAGCAAUUGCAAAAACGACGCGAGCAGUUGCGUCACGUCACUCGAAGCAUGGACCAGUACGUAGAAAUGAGAUCACGGUUGAUCGGAACCGAUGAGAAACGCGAGUCGAACGUGGAGCCGGUAGCCAUAACGUCUAUUUACGAAAAUCGGCCGAUCAAGAUGUUGAAUCCGCGAAGAAAAUUACGCAGACACGCCUAUGAGAGUUACGAACCGGAAAGUAGCCCGUGUACCGACAAGUCACCUUGCAGCGACGGCGACGCAACUAUCCAGGAACAAACGUUCGUGUCGAAUGCCUUUCUUACGCUGAAGUCUUCCCAAGAAAGUCUCCUCGACGAGAAGCGCGAAAUGAUGGAUGGGCAAUCUGUGUUGGACAAUCGCGAAGCCACCGACAAACGUCUCAAACGCGUGCAAAUGAUGCUACCGACCAGUCCUACGCAUUACGUUCAGCCGCCAACUCCUGAUCAUCCACCACCAUCCGCCAUGCAAGCGGAAAAGUCAAUCCACGAGCGUAUUCGCCCACUCAGCCAGGUGUACAAGCGAAGAUCUCGCGACAUGGAGACGGAAACGGACGAGGAUCUGCUGCAGUUUCCCACUGCUGGAUCAUUGGACGCGUCAAGCGGUUCGCUGUCCAGCGUAUCUCUGUCCGAUAAGAGCAUGUCCACGGACAAUGUCGAGGAAUACUUCGGCGACGUGCCGUUCGCAGGUUUGUUAAAGGGCUCCGUCACGGCUGAACGGCCGCGUACUUUACGCCGCUUGCGGAACGUCUACGGUCAGACCGCAUGCGGGAUGGGAACUGGUAGCGACUGCGGGGGUGGAGAUCGUCUCGAGGACGGUGAAGUCGCCUUUCGGCUUUCCGGCGACCGGGAUCGCGACAGGGACGAGAAGUCCCUUAGCAUAAUGAGCCCCUUCGACGAGCAGGAGGAAUGGGCGAAGAUCUCGGAGAUUAUGGCAUCGUUCGGAACUGGUCUUGUGCGAGAAUCGGUGUUCGUCAGUGAGCUCGAGAAAGAGUUUCAAACGAGGCUAGGUUUAAAUUCAGACAUUAGCAGCAGUCCUAUCGUUUCCACAUCCGUGGGUCAAUGGCUGUCCAGUUUAAGUCUGGCGGAUUACGAGUCUCUUUUUAUCAACUAUGGCUUCGACGAUCUCGAGUUUAUAAACGGGGUGUUGGAUGAGUCGGAUUUACGCGACAUGGGGAUCAGCAGCGAUCAAGAACGGGCGAUGAUCAUGGACGCGGUCGGAUUGUUGAACAAACGAGUGGAAAAGCGUAGCGGCAAUCACGGUCAAUCGGUAGAGGAGUGGCUGAAAAGCAUCCACCUGGAAAAUUAUGCGGAGACGUUUAGAAAGCAUCUGUACACUGACAUGGAUCGGGUCAAACGAAUCUGGGAGGUCGAGUUGGCGGCAGUCCUGGAGAUCCAGAAGCCGGCGCAUCGCAAACGCAUUCUUGCGUCCGUGAAUAGCCCGAAUAGUGCUCGCGCGGAAACUCGAAACGGCACGGGAACGAACUUGGAAGACUUGAAUAAGGAUCUUAAUACGUUGAAGACGAAUAUACAGCAGCUGAAAGAGGAGAUACGGGAGAAAUUGCCGGAAGCAACGGUAGACGGUAACGGUGGCACGUCGAUAACCGGUGGAACGAAUUCGGCGACCACGGGUACAUUAAGGCAUCGUAAAAACAGGCCGGCGCCCCAGCCACCCCAACGACCUAGUUCGCAUAAUGGGGCGAUUUCGGCGCCGGAACAGCUCGAGAUCAGAGCUCCAUCCGAGCUGCUCUUUGGCGUGCCCUCCACUCUCAAGACACAGUGGAGGCACCAACCGAAGGCUCUAGUCACCGGCUGCGUCACGUACGUCGCUAAUUAUCUGGGCUCCACCGUCGUCAAGGAAUUGCGUGGUACCGAGUCGACGAAAAAAUCGAUACAGAAGCUGAAGAAGACAUUUCGAGAACCGAGAGUCACCCUUGACAUUAUGCUGGCGAUUUCUUAUCGUGGCGUUCGUUUUCUCAACACGUUGACUAACGAGCCAAUUUGCGAGCACGAAAUUCGCAAUAUUCAUUGCGCCUGUCAGGAUGCUGACGAUCUUACGCACUUUGCGUACAUCACAAAGGACCACGCCAGUAGCACACACUUCUGUCAUGUAUUUUGCGUUCCAACGAUGGAUCAAGCGACAGAGGUCAUAUUGACUUUGGGUCAGGCUUUCGAGGUAGCUUAUCAAAUGGCAUUAAAGGACAAGAUCGGUGGCCACGCGAUUCGAUCUCAAUCUGCCAAUCAACUAACAACGCUCACCGGAUCGUCGAAGUCGACGACCAAAAUGUCCGUGUCUCCCGAUUCCGCAUCCGAUCCCAUCAAUCGAGACACGGAUCAUACUACGGCUUUCAAUUCCACGGCGUGCGCGAAUUCCAAGAUGAAAUCGCGAUCGAAGUCCAUACCGAAUCCAAAUCUCCAUACCAUUAAUCCAAAUCCAACGCAGGACAGUAACUCCAAUUCCAGUUCCAGCUCGACGACCACCGCGAACUGCAAUCCAAGCUCGAAUUCUACCUCGAGCCCCAGCACGAACUCGAUCACCAGCUCGAACUCGAACAGCACCACUAAUCAGAUCACUAAACCCUUGGUCACUCAUGGCCGUUCUCAUUCCGUCAACGACAUCAAGGUAAAUGGUAAUCAAUUGAAGUUAGCACCGGCGCCGGUAGACGACAUUGGUAUCGGAGUGAAAGAUAUGAAGCCUGGUUCUAGAGCUCCGAUCGCGCUUUCCGAGGAGCUCUAAGUUGUAUCUCGGGUUGAAAUGUGUCGCGAUAGCGUAAUCGCGUAGCGUUCGAUAUGACAGGAAUAAUACAUCGCUUUCGAUAUAAAUGGCAGAAAAAUCUACGUCUAAAUUUCCAUUCAAGAUGGAAUUGCAUAUACAAUAGAAGUGGUUGUCAUAAUGACUUUUUGAUUCUUCAAUUUAGCAGCAUAUUCGAUGACAUUUACAAUGUGAGACAAUUACAGUUUGUUAUUAUUCGCAAAAUUCGCGUAAACAGUUAAGCAAAGUAUCAUUUAUAUAGAUACGCGACUCGCGAGAUUUUGAGAUUAAUAACGAUUGCAAAAAAUGCGAACGAUAUUCUCUUGAUCGAUUCCUGAUAUUAUACGUUUAGAAAUUAGUAUGGUUCCUUAACGCGUAAGAAGAAAUGUCUUUUAUCACUUUUUUAUUCGACUGGAUUUGAUUCUGUCACUUCUCCAGUGACGUACAUAUGUAUUUAUGGUGUACACGCAUAUACAUAUUCAUCGCUGGAAGGGGAGAUAUUCAGUUAUUAUGGGAUUUAACGAAUGACACAUAUGGCCUCGAGAAUGACGAAGGUAAGUAGAGCAUCGUCGCUAUAUUCUGCACCUUCAAAUUGAUAUUCGACUGAUUUUACAACAGUGACACUGUGAUUUUGAAUGCGAGAUGUGCAUUGGCCAAAGUGAUUCAUCGAGGCAACUAAUUGAUCGUUCGUCGCACAUACUUCCGGCGGACGAUGAAACGCAUUAGAUCUUUCUUCCUUACGACGCGUUGUUAUAGUAAGCAGUAUUAUUAUGUCAUGAUUUAAUGAUAAAAAAGAAUGAGCGUAAAUACGCUCGCCACGAUAUUAUCUAGCAAGAAAUUGCUAUAAUAAUGAAUGUGCAAUUUUUAAUGUGCAGCUUUAAUCUGUCACGAUUACGCUCGAUGGUUCGUAUCUGAUUUUCAUCCGAUAUAUGAAUCGAUCAUUUUAUUUAUCUCGAAAAUGCUACUCAUAGCAUUGAUAUUUGUUAGCGGACCACAGGAAAAGUAAAGAUGCGAAGGAAAAAGUGCGAUGUUCUAAAACAUAUAUGCUCAAUAUCGAUCUCUCGUAAAACGUAAACGGUGACCAACGAAUCCGUUCCGUACUUCCCUCCCCGUGUUUUCUCCGUGAUUUUCUCAUUCCUCGAUCCCAAGUUCCGAUUUCCAAUUACAAUCGUUUCAUUCUUCAAGACUGAGGGUCCUUAUCUCGUUUUAUAUUUCGUGUUUUUUAGUGUAAUUUACACAAUAUAAGAGGAACAUUGAAUCGAAAGAAAAAGGAUUUUAAUAUAUUUAUUCGGCGAAAUUCGCGUGAAUACGGGAAAUAUAUGCAAGCGUAACAUCAAAUAUCUAUCGACUAUUUGAUACGCGAAUAUUACUCGUCGAAAAACAAGAAACGAGAAAAACGCUCGUACAACUGUAUCGCAAUUGAUUGCGAUUCAGAAUGUCAUCUAUAUAUAUAUACGUCAUUUCUAGUUAGCAAAAAGCAUGAUUAACUGACUUUCUCUUCUCUCUCUUCACUUAUGAUACAAUUAAAAUUAUAUAAUCUAGAAAAGAUAGAGAAUCGAUAGAGUCGAAACUAGUUGACUAAGGUUACCGGUUUGCUCGAAUCCGAUAAUAUAAUAUCAUAUUGGUAACGUUGUGCGUAACGGGGAUAUUCCGUUUUUACAACGUGCGGGCCUAAAAAACUGGGUAAUUAUCUUACAAAAUUUAUUUAACUAUAUAUACCAUGCAUUCGACUGCAUAUAUAUAACGAAAAGAAACUACAGCGAAAAAUGAAAUUUUAUAUAGACUUAUAAUCAGACACGCCCUCUUUUUUUGUUUGUUUCUUUCACUUAAACCAAAGAAACAUAAAUAUGUAUAAAUACAUAUGUGAGAGAGAUACUAUGUGAAAGAAAGAACGACAUAUAAUAACGGAUAUAAUAUAAGAAUGAUCGAGAGCCGUCAGAGAGGGAAAGAAAACGACAAACUGCCAAAAUGAUACACCAUCAUCACCUCGAUAGCUAUACGCACACUUUGUCACGUUUACAACAUCAUAAUUCAUUGUACGUUAACAAUUAAGGUAUAUACAAGAUAAAUGUUGACAUCGACGAUUUGGAAUUUCCUUUUUUCGCGAAACAUAAUUAAGUAUUCUACGCAUUUGAUGUAUUCAUGUAGCAGCUAUGUAUAGUGAGUAGUGUCGGUAGGGAGCAUGUUGUAUCGAUGUGUCGAUAGGUACCAUUUAACGAUAUACUGUAUAAGAAACAAGGAGGAGAAGCAGGUACGUAGCAUGUAAAACGUCAUUGAUGAUCGCGCGACAGCGAACGAAUUCAAUUGAUUUGUUCGUGUGUGAAUUCGCGCAAUGCAAUUAAUAGUGCCAAUGCGCGAGCCUGUAGCGUAUAUUUUCAAUUCGAUCUCACUCUGUUUGUCUUUCGGGAAAAUAUUUCGUAAGAAGAGAAAAAUAGGAUAAUAGAGUAAAUAUAUGUGUAAUUUUUUUCUUUUGCUCAUUUUUUUAGUUAUAUAUUUUUUUUAAUAUACAUUGACAAGUGCACGUUAUCCUAAGAGAUACAAAUCGCCGAUCAAUAUUAAUAAAUAAAAUAAGAAAUAUUAAUAAAAAUAAAAAAACAUAUUAAUAGUGCGCGAAUUAUCAUCUAAUGAACUAUUACAGAACUCGUAUACAUAUUUGUGAAUGACGGAUUAUUCCCUGUCUUAUUUUUUCUUUUUAUAUACACGGAAGACAAACUCGUCGAGACACUGAGAUCGAUAUUGAUUUCUUUCGGUAUCGAGAUGGAUUUUAAGAAACGUAAAAUAUCUCGCACAAAAAAAAAGAUUGAUUCUCGGACCAAGCAAGAACAAGCACAAGAACAUUUUACUCGUUACAGAUUAUCGUUAAAAUAUUAGCAGUGCAUCUGCGCUUUUUCAUAAAGGCAUGGACUUUAACCUUGUGACCAUUGGUACCGAUAGUGGCAUAAAAUCUUUAUGCUGUCGAUAUUAUAUAGUACGAUUUUUAGAAUAUAUGUACAUAUAUAUAUAUAUAUAUAUAUAUAUAUAUAUAUAUAUAUAUAGGAAAUUAUACACAAACCACCGCGAAUCAGUUUUUUCCAUUAAUACCAAAGAAAUUGUGAGUGAUCAUUUGUAUCAUUGUGAUUUGUACAUUUGAUGAUUAUCGUAGCAUAUAGCAAUUGUUCUUUAAUAUGAUUUAUUGUUAGAUAAUUUUUUUAUGAUUUGUAACUUGCAUAUCAAGUUUUGUUGCACAUAAUUUUAACAGAAUUGACUCUAUAAUAAUUAAUAAUAGCGCCGUUUUUAAAACUUAUACAUAUUCUAGUUUUAUAUAGAUGUGGUAUUGUAUAUAAUUAUAUAAUCGAAUGUAUUUAUCGCAUGCAUGUCAAUAAACGUGAGAAUUUUGUUUGCUUUACGCCAAUCAAAUUUGCAUAGCAAAUGCAUUUUGACGCGUCGUCGGUUAACUCGACAAAGGUCCUGCAAUUUGCUGAAAUGUAUUUAGAUUUCUCUCUCACUCUUUGAUUAUAGAAGUCUAAAUAUAAAUAGCAUCACAUAGAGAACGACAUUUUAAUAAUUAUAUAUCAUGAUUUAUAUCGUUAUUUAUAAAUUUAUUAUUUCUGUAUAUUUUUUUUUGUUAUUCACCGAACGCAACUGACAAUAAAACAUGAUUUUUUUGUUAUAUAAUAUUGUUAUUUUAUAGAUGUGUAUAUGUAAUAAGACCGAUUCUCUCUAAAAACGAUUAUACAACACGGUUUCGACAAUAGCAGUUUAAUUCUAUACGCAUAAAUGUGCAUCGUUGUAAACUGAUUCCGGUGGUAGCGUAUCCGCAGUCCUUUGUGUGGUUGUUGAAAAAAAAAAAAAUCUGUGUACAGUUGUCGAUAUUACCUUCGUUUCGGUCGCGAGCGCGAAUUCGUGCGCUUUUAAAGCCGUAGUUGGGUGUAUUUCGCGGAUCGUUACACACGAAAUGCAACUGUUCCUGAUUUUCGCGCAACCAGGGAUAUUAAAGCCGGGAGUUAAUAUUUCGGAGCACGAAUUUCCGUACUUUUUAAUAUACGAAAUCUACGAGUCGAUCUAGUCUCGGAAAGUUAUUAAUUCCGAAAAAUAUGACGUAUUCCCCGGCAUUAACCGCGUACCUGCGCCAGUAAGAGUUCGUGGAAGCGAGAUGAAUGUAUAGGAUAAUACGCGCGCGCGCGCGCGCACACACACACACACACACACGAUGUGGCUCAGCAAAAAGGAGCGACAUUUCACGAGACAUACACACAUGUGCAUAUACAUAAAUAGAUGUUUUCACAUUUUUCGCGAAAGCUAAUUUUCUUUGUUCUUUGGUCGUUUAGCUCGUAUAUAACGGCCAACUGGAAACUGAACUUUAAUUCCGCAUAGUCGACGGCGCGUUAUCGAGGGUACGCCGUUAAUAAUCAACUAACAGUAAUUGUGUACGUAUGCACUCGCGUCUGGCGCUUUGUAUCAGGCGCAUAAAUAUCGAUCGAUCCAGGGAGAUUGAAACAGAUACAAUUUUGAUACUUUAUAUUUAAUAAUUUUGACUUGAUUUAAUCCUUGGUGUCGUCAAUUUCUAGGAAAAUAUUAUAUCAUUGAUUUCGCCUUUAUACAAUCAAUCCCAGCAAUAUCAAUUUUCUACGCUCUUAAGAUAUAUGAAAAAUAAAGACUCAACACGGAAGAUUUAGCGCUUUUAAGAAUCGUAUUUAUUAAUGUAAUGUAUUAUUGUUCGUUAGAUAUUUUAUGAAUAUUUUCUUCGAUUCUAAUUCAAAUCGUGAUUACUCAUACGUAGAUUUACAAAGUUAAAUUUAUCGAUAAAAUCGGAGUUGUGCGCGUAGAUUCACCUCGAACGCAGUUAUUGUUCUUGCAAUAAAAUUGGCAACAUAUGCCAAGUUAAUAUUUUUCACUGCCGAAAUAAAUAAACAAUUACAUUUGUUAAUACAAUGUCAAAAUUAGAAAUUAUUACUUUUAAACUCCUUGCAAUAAUAAUUUAAUUGACUAUGACAAUAGUUGCACUGCGUUUUUAAAUUGGUAUCUUAAGGUUCAUAUAUUCAUCACUUGCAUAAAAUAAUAAAACAUGUGAUCUACCUAUCUGUAAUCAUCUAGAUCAUUGCACAUGUACAUGUUAAACAAUUUUUUAUUAGCGCUAUUCUCUCUAUUAGUGCUAAGCUCUAUACUCUAUAAAAUUUCCUAUCUUUGAUAGAAUUUCUCAUUAGAGGAAUCAGACGUUUCGCAGCGACUUGUAUCUUUUAAAUAUGUUCAAGAUUGUAUUAAAGGAAUACCGAGACGGAAUGAAAUUGUAUUUACUCGAAAGCCAACGGAAUAAUUGAACCACAGAGGAACAAAAUAUGGAAGAUGAAUCUUUACACAUACGCAUACGGAAGUGUAUAUAGCGGGAGUGAGAGUAAAUGUAAAAUAAGUGAACCAGAAACGAUUUAAAAGUCGAAAUGUCACGGCGCAAAAUGCUACGAUCGCUGGAACGGAAGAGUAGACAAAUCUCUGGUAUCGAAUGGUCACGCUUUUUGAAUCGAAUGCUGUGCGGAUUGGAUAUUCGAAAAAAAAUUCGAUAUAACUUUGCUUUGUAGCUCACACACAAACAUUCUCAUAAAUAUUAGUUUUAGUUAAUUGACAAAUUUAAGUGACCUCUCUCUUUUUUUUUUUGUUCUUUUUGAACGCAAAAUUUGAAAAAGAUAGGAAAUCAGUAAUCUCAGUCUUCAACUUAAUUACUUUAAUUAAAUAAUUUUUAUUAGAAAACGAUCCGUAUUGAACAAAGCAAUUUAUCAAUACAAUAUAUAUACGGUAUAUUCAUCAAACUUAACGAAUAACCGUAAUGCUUAAAAAAUAUAAAAAGACGAGCAAGAUGAUUAACAGCUAUAUAGGUAUAUCGGAUAUACGUAUCUAUAUUAGAUGUAGAAGCCGAAAUAAAAUCACUCAACUUGCAUUCGUCACUUAUUACGCGCUAUUGAAGGAAAUAAUAAAUUUUUCAUAUUUUGACAAUAAUGUCAGUUUGAAAUAAAGAUUUUUAAAAGAACGUAAUUAUGAUUAUCGCUUAAUUGUAUUUAUAUCAUCAUUAAAACUGUCGAUUUCUAUACAACGUAAUAAUUUUUUUUGUUAUCUUUAACGUCUCUCUCUUCUUUAAUAAUUCGUUAUUAUUUAUUAUGACUUCGUAAUAUAAUUGAAGAACGGUGAGAAUGUGAGAUAAAAUAGAAGCUUGUGUGUGAGGUACCAAGGCGUGACCUAAGUUUAUGAAAGCAUACAAUUUUCAAAUGUGUGAUUAGUGAUUAAUUAUAUAUAAGUUUUGCGUCUAUACCACAGAAAAAUGCAGAUAAAUCUCGAAAUAUCUAAUUUUAAAUUAAAUCAAGGUCGAAUACAUAAUAACUGCACUGUAUUUUCCAUAUCUCUUCCCUCAUUAUAAAUGUCAAAACGUUUACGGUGCUCGAUCUCGGGAUAUUUAUGAUUUGAUGUGGCAGGGAACAGUGGCUUGAUCGUUGUAUAUUCUCAAGAUUCACGGUGAAGCAAUAAAGUGGAGAGUGUACUCGCUAGUCGUAGAACCGUGGGGCGAAUAUGCGACGCCGACGACGUCGGUCCUCCUUGACGUCGAUCCGACAAAGCCUUAGACUCCUCAGAUACUGGCGCGACGGAAGUGAAUAGGAUAUUCGUCGGGAAAACUUCGCGCUAUGAAUAUUUAUGUAUGCUUUACGAUCUCGCGCGCGUACUCGAGAAGUCCGGCGAGUCGGCGACGAGUCGAGGACAUAGGAUUUGUGCGGUCGAGUGUAAGUACGUACUCAAAUAUAUAAAGAAAGAUAGAGCGAGAGAGUGAGAGCGAAAAAGCGAGAGAGAGAGAGAGAGAGAGAGAGAGAGAAAAAGACAUAUAAACUGUCGGUGUCUUUUGAAAUCAAAAGGAACAAAUCCAUAUGGAGCUGUUGCCGAGGAUGCCAUAUAAUAAAUGCGCUAUUUUAUACCGAGCAGCCUGAUUAGAUGCAAACUUCUUAUAUACGUUCUUGUAUACAUUAUAUUUAUUAUUGUUCAUGUUUACUAGAAUGAUAUAUAUAUGAGACAGAGAUUAUUCCCUGGAUAUCUAUAACGCCUUGAAGAAAAUAAAACAGACUACUUUGCGGGA